AGAAUUAUUAUCACCAUGAAAAAAAUUUUGUCACUCUCGGAGAUUUUACCGGAUCUUACGUCCUUCGACGAAGAUCCCUUCACGCGGUGCAUCUUCAUCCAAGGCCUUCAACGUUCCCUCUCAACCGCCGCUCUGAAUGCAGUUCUCACACGGGCGUUCGGUCCUGUGUCAGAGUCAGCUAUUUUCACUUCUCUCGACACUUCAACAGUGACUUCUGUUUGCAUCUUCGUCCAUGAGCAUUCCGCAUCAGUUGCCGCUGGUGUAGAUCAUCUCGCCUCAAACGGAGAUGCUCUCGCUCGACGCUUUCUGGCAAUCCUUGGUCCAGAUGUUUCCAUCAAGCGUUUCGACCCAAGGCAUGGGGAAGGCAUUAUGGUCGCUGGUCGGUGCUCGUUGAAGUUGCCAAAUAUCCGAGUCAUCUCCCUCGAUGGCAAAUUCCGACCCUCGACGCCCUCCACUGAAACCACCUCCAUUGGUGACGCAUCAACGCCUCGAUUUGACAGGACUGAGUGGACUGCAAGGACAGUCCGAAUUCUAUCGUCAGCUGUUGAGCCCUUGCGAGGAGAGGUGAGCGAUGAAGUGCUGAGGAAGAGGUUCAGCGUUGGUCGAUUGGUUGAUGAAGACAAUUGUAGUUCAUCAGUAGACGAGGAGGACUGCGCUCAGCAGUAGAUAUAUUGCAUCUCUUGUUUAUCCAGACUUCAAUC